CACGCGGCGUCACAGCUCACUCGUCUUCCCUGGGAACUUCUCCCAAUGCGUUCCGCGCAGCCUGACGUCCCACAUAUCGCAUCCAGGCAUCGCCAUUCUUCGGCCCAUACUACUUGAGCAUCGCCACGAUGGCCGACUACGAUAAAAUGAAGGUGCCGGAGCUGGAGGAGCUGGUCAAAGAACGUGGCAUCGCAGCCGAAGGGCUCAAAUCAAAGAAACAUUACGUGGAUGCGCUUAUUGCGGAUGAUGCACAGGAUGGAGCAGAGAAGACGGAGGACCGAGAAGGAGACGGACAUAGCAAUGGCAAUGGCGAUGCACAGGAUGAGGUGAUGGGCAGUGACACUGAAGGCACGAACAAGAGGAAAAGGCGGAGCCCAACACCUCCCGUCAGCGAUGAGAGCGUGAACAAGAAAUUAAAGACUGCAGAUGCAGCCACAAUUUCUGAGGAUGCGCCCGCAGCCGUGGACGAGGAAAGUGCUACGACGUUGCAGCCGUACGGCAGCAGCGACGAUGUGAUGCAAGUCGAUAGCCGACAACGACAACAACCGGAGCAGGAUGAAGCGAUGGAAGAUGCUGCUGUCUCUGCAUCAAGGCAUGAGGCAACCCGUGCACUUUACAUUCGCGAGCUUGUCCGCCCGCUACAACCGAAUGCACUGCGAGAACACCUCCGCGAAAUCGCAUCUCCGCCUGGCGCGACCUCUGCAUCCGCCGCCGAGAUCGUGGAACUCUUCCAUCUCGACAAGCUGCGGACACACGCUUUGGUGGUAUUCGACUCAAUAUCUGCAGCUUCGCGCGCGCGAUCAGCUCUUCAUGAGCACAUCUGGCCGAACGAGCCUUCAAUGCGGAAGCCACUAUGGGUAGACUUUGUGCCUGAGGAGAAGGUGCAAGACUGGAUAGACACGGAGACAGAGCGACCCGAUACAAAGUGGGAGAUUGUUUACGAAAGCGUUGACACACACUCGCCUGUCACGGCCACAUUACAGGAAGUUGGUGCUGGCCGCAGAGAAAGUUUCAACGGCGGCAACACACGACCUACAGUGUCUGGCUCACAAGACGCUCCUCCCAGUCCCCAGCAGGAGCAGCCUGCACAAAGCAAAUCUUUCGACACCCUCGACUCCCGGUACAAAUUCACCCAAUGCAAACCGAAGAUCUACUAUCAGCCCGUGGCGCGAGAGCUUUCGGACAGCAGGCAGCAGACACUAACAUCGGGAACGAGCGGUGAUUGGGAGGAUCGAAUGUCGGACCCAUCUUUGUAUGGCGAAGGAGAGCUCAGAAGGUACACCUUUGAGGAUGGCGACAAGCUCGUCGAUGGUGGUGCAGACUUCGGACUUUUCGGUCGAAAGUCCACGCGUGGCGGUAGAGGUGGCGGAGAAUACAGAGGUGGUAGGGGCAGAGGUCGUGGUGAGUACAGAGGCGGCGGCGGCGACUACCGUGGCGGUGGUGGUGAUUACUAUCGCGGUUCAAGCUCUGGCGGCAGGCGUCCUUACUAGGAGACUGAGCGCUUCGACCAAAAUGACAAGAAUUCAACGAAGGAUCACUCCAAUGGAAAAUGGGAAGAUGGUCUUGACUCCGGGAAAUGGAGCGAUGCU